GUGAUGUUGGUGAUGUCUUUGUGUGAAUCUGCUAGGGGCUGUUCCAAUUAUCAGAAGCCCAAAGGGAAACGCAGCAGAGAUGGUAGCAGAGAAACUGGAUAAAAAGAUUCGAGAUAAUCUAAGGGAUGCUCGUAACAGUCUCUUCACUGGAGAUGGUGUCAACUCUGGGCACAUCAGUUUCCAGCGCCCGCUGUUGCUGCUGCUUGACCGAGGUGUGGAUCUGGCCACGCCCCUGCAUCACACGUGGACUUACCAAGCCCUGGUCCACGAUGUCAUGGACCUCCGACUCAACCGCGUCUCUCUCAGCGACGCUCCUCCGGGCGACGAGCCUCACGGAGGCGCCCGCCCGAAACGUCGGACAGUGAAGACUUACGACCUCGACGCUCACGACGCCUUCUGGCAACAGCACAAGGGGAGCCCUUUCCCCGAGGUGGCUGUGAGUGUUCAGAGCGAGCUGGAGGAAUAUCGCUUGCAGGAGGAGCAGGUCAAGAGCCUCAAGACAGCGCUGGGUCUGGAAGGUGAUGGUGAUGACGGGGCCAUCAGCCUCCUCUCAGACACAUCAGCACAGCUUACAUCAGCGGUCAGCUCCCUGCCCGAGCUGCUGGAGAAGAAACGUCUAAUCGACACUCACACCAACAUCGCUACCGCUGUGUUAGAACACAUUAAGGCUCGCCGCCUGGAUGUGUACUUUGAGCUGGAGGAGCGGAUGAUGGGGAAACUGUCACUUGACAGACCACUCAUGGAGUUCAUCACGGAUCCAGACGCUGGAACUCCUGAAGAUAAGAUGCGGCUUUUCCUCAUUCACUACAUCUGCUCACCUCAUCCUCCGUCAGAGGCUGAACUUGAUGCGUUCAGCGUUGGACUUGAACGCGGUGGCUGUGACCUCACUCCACUCACCUACAUCCGUCGGUGGAGGAGUUUCUCCAGGAUGACCUCGACCAGCAUCAGCUCCUCCACCACCUCGUACACAGGGGGUGGAACCAACACCAUCAGUAUGUUCUCUCGGCUGGUGAACACGGGAUCACAGUUCGUCAUGGAGGGAGUCAAGAAUCUGGUGAUCAAGAGACACAAGCUUCCGGCUACCUGCCUACUGGACAGGCUGAUGGAGAUGAAGGCGUCCCCCGAGACGGAUGAUUACCGAUACUUUGACCCAAAGCUGAUCCGUGGAAAUGACAGCUCAACAGCCCGAAGCAAAAAUCCCUUCCAGGAGGCUGUUGUCUUCAUGAUCGGAGGUGGGAACUACAUUGAGUACCAGAAUCUGAUGGACUACAUCAAGACUAAGCCGGGCAAGCGUGUAACUUACGGCUCUACGGAACUUUUGAAUUCUACACAGUUCCUCAAACAGCUUUCAAAGCUGGGAGCUAAUCUGUGAACUUAAAGUGGAGACACGAAGAAGACAAAGA